ACCUUCACGAUCGGCCGCGGCAACGACAUCGUCUGCGCCGCAAUAUCCCACCUAGCCGAGCGCAUCAAAAACCGCACCCUCUCGAGCCUAGUCUCCAACUGGGGCCAGACCUGGCGCCACCUAGUCAACGACUCGCAGCUCCGCUGGAUCGGCCCCGAAAAAGGCGUCAUCCACCUCGCCCUCGGCGCCGUCGUCAACGCCGUCUGGGACCUGUGGGCCAAAACCCUCGACAAGCCCGUCUGGCGCGUCGUCGCGGAAAUGACCCCCGAAGAACUCGUCCGGUGCAUCGACUUCCGGUACAUCACGGACGCCAUCACGCCCGACGAGGCGCUCGCGCUCCUGACCAAGGCGCAAGACGGCAAAGACGCGCGGUUUGCAGACGCCCUGGAGAGCCGCGCCGUCCCCGCGUACACCACCAGCGCGGGCUGGCUAGGCUACGGCGAAGACAAGAUGCGCGCGCUGCUCCGCGAGACCCUCGCCAACGGGUACAGGCACUUCAAGCUCAAGGUCGGCGGGCCCGUCGACCAGGACAAGCGCCGGCUGGCCAUCGCGCGCGACAUCAUCGGGUACGACCGGGGCAACGUGCUCAUGGUGGACGCGAACCAGAUCUGGAGCGUGCCCGACGCCAUCGCCCACAUGAAGCAGCUCGCCGAGUACAAGCCGUGGUUCAUCGAGGAGCCCACGUCGCCCGACGACGUGCUGGGCCACAAGGCCGUGCGCGACGCCCUGCGCCCCUACGGCAUCGGCGUCGCCACCGGCGAGAUGUGCCAGAACCGCGUCGUCUUCAAGCAGCUGCUGGCCAGCGGCGCCAUCGACGUGUGCCAGAUCGACGCCUGCCGCCUCGGCGGCGUCAACGAGGUCCUGGCCGUGCUGCUCAUGGCCGCCAAGUUCGGCGUCCCCGUCGUCCCGCACUCGGGCGGCGUCGGCCUGCCCGAGUACACCCAGCACCUGAGCACCAUCGACUACGUGGUCGUUAGCGGGAAGCGCUCGGUCCUGGAGUACGUGGACCAUCUGCACGAGCACUUCCUGCAUCCGUCCGCGGUGAAGGCCGGAUACUACCAGACGCCGACGGAGCCGGGGUACAGCGUGGAGAUGAAGGCGGAGAGCAUGGAUCGCUUUAGUUACCCGGGCGAGGAGGGAGUUAGCUGGUGGAGGACUGAGGAGGCUCGGCCGAUUUUGGAGGGGGAGAGGAUUUAG